AUGAUGGAAGACGCCUGCGCCAAGGAGAAUGGCAAGGAUGCCGCCCGGCCCGUGCCAAGCAAGCCUCCCCUGCCAAGUCUGGUUUGCGCAACAUGCGCCGGCCAGAAGAUUCUGGUGCCGCUGUCCAUGAGCGAGCAGAGCGACAGCGACGCGACGCUGGACAUUGCAUUCAGCUGGGAGCACAUGGUGGACGCAGAAGCUCUCAUGAAUUCAUUGGCAAAGGCAUUGAGUCACUUUCCUUGCUGCACCGGGCGAUUCGUUCGCAGGCAAGUCUUCGUCGAGCCUGCCGCCGGAGUGAAGGUGAAGCAGCCCCGGCUUUGCAUUUUGUGCAACAACGCCGGGGUCAGCUUCAGCCAUAGCCGCUAUGAUGGCAAAAGACCAUCUGUCCUUGGCCCCAUUACCGGUCUGUUUGACCGAGCAGUUGGUACUCUGGCCAAGGCAGAUGCCAAAGGUGGGCCACUCCUCAGGGUCAAACUCCUGGAAUGCGAGGACGGCCAAAUCCUGGCACUGAGCUUCUCUCAGGGACUCGCAGAUGUGGAGGGCAUAGGCUUUUUUCUUCAAGCAUGGUGCCAUACUCAUCGGGGUGAGGAACCAGGGCCAGCAUCUCUUGAUGCCCGUGUUGUUUUAGAAGGUGCAGUGAACAAUGGGUUCCCAAAGCUGGACUCCGCGUUCACGUACCUGCAUAGACGUGAGCUUGCCACGAGAGCGGCCACGGCAAAAGCGGCUGCCGCUGCUGCAGCCGAAAGGCUUGGCGUCACCACUUUCUUGCUGGACUGGGACGAGCUUCGAACCCUAGCUGACGACUUCUCGCAGAAACUGCGAGGUCGGCGCUUGAUUUACGAUUCUGAGACGCUCUCCCAUGCAGAGGUAGCUUUUGCGCUUGUGGUUGAGGCACUCGGCAAGGCCGUCUCUGCGAGCGUAUGGUUGGACUAUCGCGUCACAUUUGGCUUUGACCGCCUGUUUGGGCACGUUCGUGGCAUAGCCGACGUGGAUUUGCCUGCUGACCAUAUACAAGCAGCUGCAGUGAUCCGAAAGAAGCUCCAGAUCGCCAAAGACAGUCCAGACUUUUGGUGCUGGAAGGCGCAGCAAUCCAAAACCUGCCCAGUGGAGCCGAGUGCUGAGAUCAUCUUCUCAUCCUGGCUCGAGGCUGCAAACAGGCGCCAGGUGGGCUGGGUGGGUGGCCACAUGCUGUUGUGGCAAUCUACUGUGAAUGCAAGGACCAGAGCUGGUCGAAAGAACUUCGUAGUAGUGCCAGAGCUGUCCUCGUAUGAGGUCGCGCAGCUGAAGCUUAAUGCUGUUUACCGCAUGUCACAUGCAAGCCAUGUUUUGCACACUGGCCUUCCCGAUGGGAUGUCGACACCAUUGGAAGCGCUGGAAGACUUGGACUGCGUGGAGCUGGAGGACAAGGAUGUGCAGCAGCAGAGCCUCAUCAGGCGAGCUACCACGAGACAGCUGCACCGAGCGCAGGAUGCGAAGCCGUUCGUUCCUGCGGCUGUCCUAGCAGUGGUGAUCGGUGUCUGCUCAGUAGUGCCAUACAACAUGGUCCUGCGAGGAGAUCCUGGCUCACCACUCUUCAUCUCCUUCUGCUUGCAUUUGGCGAUCAUUGGUGGCAGUCUGCAUCGGGCAAAGUCUCUGAUCAUGGAACGAAGUAUUCCGCUCAGAUACCAUGCAGCCAUUAUUCUGUUGGGAUGCAGCUUCACGAGUUUCAAGUCGGACGCAUACGUCCGGUUGCCAGCAUCUGUUUGCAUGAUGCUGUCAAACCUGCGCAUGAUGGUGGGCGUGGUGGUCCAGUAUGUUCUCUUCCGGAAGAGAUACUCCUUGUCACAACUGUUUGGUGUGCUUAUUGUGACGGUUGGCAUCGCUUGGGCCAGUCAGGCCAUGCAGUCCGCAAGCGCAGCACGAAGCACCGCAGCGUCUGCGGGUGCUGCUUCAUCACAUGACUUUGGAGUCGGCUGUGCGGAAGUGCUGGUAUCCUCCGUGUCCCUGGCACUUUUGAGUUCCACCGUCAAGAUUGCCUUUGAGAAGUUUGGUGAGAGCGUCGAGGAGCAAAUUUUCAUGCAGCAUCUUUGCGGGAUAUUUAUUGUCUUCCCCAGCCAAUGGGACAAAGUGGGCCCAAGAAUCGUGGACUGGUAUCAGAGGCCUGACUGGUGGCUCAUCCUUAACUUAUUGCUGUCCGUGGCUUCAACAUUUGCAGCACGGGCUGCAGCC